AUAGUUAGAACGCCCUUUGGCUGUAACUUAACCUUUUAUCCAAAACUAUAAUAUAUCGAUUAAAAAUGUAUUGUUAGUAAUUUUGUGAAAAAAAUCAUUAUGAGUACAUGAAUAAUUAAAAUUACCUAUACCUAAUUAAAAUAUUCUGUGAAUUGUCCAAAAUGGCUCGGAAGGUGAUUUUGAUGAUUAUUUUUAUUUUUGAAUGUCUUCUAGCCGAAGGUAUAAUACUGGUGGUGCCCGAGGAUGUCCCAGCUGGAUUUGCAGCCAUCUAUGGAUUCUCCCCUCGACUUAAAUUUGGUAACGAUCAACGCGUCGGUUUCGGAUUCCGUUUUGGCAACCACGCUGAUUUCCAGCUACUGUACGAGUUCGGACCGCAGCUCGUGACAAAGCCCCUAGCUAAGACCAAUCGUAUUCGAUCCGCGUCGUACACUUGUAUAGUGAGAAGACGUCCACUGCUGGACUUCCUCGUGAACCUCGGCCUCGUGAAGCAGAUCUCGUACAGAUACAACGUAGUCACCGACAGCACCGAGGUCGCUGAUGAUGAACCCAGAUAGUUUUGGAUUUAACUGUCAUACUAUCACUAAUACUAGAACAAAUCGCCUACAAUCUCUUUUUUGGGUAGUUGUGUAAGAGAUUCUCAAUUUUCCUAUAUUUUAUGCGUGUCUGUGUAAUUAUUAUUAUUAUCUUUAAAAAUUCUAAACCCAUUACGAUAUUUUUUAUGUGAAACAAAAUCGUAAAAUACUUUAUAUAAAUAUUUAAUAUCUACUUUGCUAUUUUAUUUCAAAAUGCAUCUUCUGGUGCGGUACUUGUAAUGUAAUCUUAGUAAAUGUAAUCUUACAUUUGAGAACUUACGACGUUAAAUAAGAUUUUUAUGUUAACAUACAACUAAAUGAUUUCGAAGCACUAAAUAUCCUCACACAAUUUUUCGAUACCUAUUUUUUAAUUGACUUUAAAAAAGAAGGAGUUUCGUUCGGAUGUAUUUUAUUUUACAUCAGAAUACCAACAUUUAUAAACCGCUAUGGAAAACUUUUAUCUGAAAAGGUUUACUUAUAGAUUGGUAUCAUGGCAAUUUUAUCAAAAUCGGUGCAGUAAUUUAGUUAUAAAAUAAAAAUUAUUAUUUUUGCCACGACUGAAGUUGGUGUUUAUUUUAUUUUGUACGACUACUACUAUUUAUUUUUGUUGUUUGUCAUAUUGUCUAAGUGAAACGUUCUUAUAAGAUCGCAUUAUGGCAUAGUAAGAUUACAUGUCUACCCGUAUGUGUGUCACGGCUAUUCUUCUCAGUAACUGCUAAGUACAUUGCAAUAGAGAAAUCUGUCAACAUGAAGUUUAACACACUUAACAAAUUAAAAGUAUUAAAUAAAAAUAUGAAAUAAUAUUUUAAUUAUACACAAAUUACAUCGAAUUACCUACGUAAA